GCUUCCCGCGGCUCUUUCCGAGAGUCCGCCGUGUGCCGUUCCUAGGCAACGGAUGAGCCUCUCCGCCAAUGGGAGGGCCGAAGCUGCUCCGCGUUCCAAGGUCGCUAGGCAACCCCGGCCCGGGACGUUCCAUAGUUGUAAACGAAGCUUUUUUCCCGGGCAAAGCGAUGCGCGGCGGGUCUUGUAAGCAGCGGCUGCUGAUUGGAGUGACCCUCGCAUCAGAAGACUGGAUAGGCGGAGGCAACAGAAGGAAGGGAGGGGCAGGCCUUAAUGAGUGCUGAGUCAUGGAGCCACACCCCAUGGCCUAUAUAAAGGAUCUGCUUUCUGGCAGUCUCUGAGUCAGGCAAAGUCGAACUUAUCUUGCUGAAGUCACUUACUGGUCUCCUGCCUGCUCUGAGGACUUUGCUAGGACUUUGGGCAGAGCUGCAGAGGCAAGCCUGAUUCGGAUUUCCCUGACCCGGCCGUCAGCGGAGGAGUGGGACACGACAGCCAUCUAGUGAUAUUCUGGAUUUUGGCUGCCCAGAACUGGCGGUACCCCUAAACCUCAACCACGGUUCGGCAUCCCUCAGAAGUGAUGAGACAGACGGCGGUCCCUCUGUCGAAGAAGUCCAGCCCCUGGUCCAAGGAUCACUGUAAUUUCCUGCUAGAUCGCAUUGACACUCAGCUCAGCUCCUUGCAGGGAUCAUCUGGACCAAGGAUCAAGGGAAGCAGUUGGGAUGCUCCUCAAGGCCUCGGUGAGAUUGAGGUCACUUCUAGAAGAGCAGAUCCAGGCAGGACAAAUGCAGGUGGGGACAGAGACGUGUCCUCUCGGGAGAUGGACUGCAGAGGAGAUGGACUUCUGCACCUCCCUGACUCAAAGGAGACCCCGAGUAGAUCAGAGUCCAUUUGCACCGAAGACUUGGCUGCCGAGUUCCACAAAGGUCUGGUGGAUCUGCUGCUGAGCUCUGAUGAGGAUGAGGCACCUUCUGGUCUUUCAUCAGGCCCCAGAGACGUGAGGCCACCCACAUCCAGUGCCACCGUCUUGUCCAAGAUGGCCGUUCCUGGUCCAACUUUAAGAUCUCUCCACCCUGUUUCGGAUCCUCUCCGAUCGGAGCCUACAAGCAAGCAGGUGCCAGCAGAAGCAUCCGUGGAGAAACAGAGCCAAGAAUUGUCUCCUCGUUCCAGAGGAGGUCCACUCCAGAGUCUUACUCAACAUGGAGUCAAGAACAUGGCGUCCCUAGGAGAAAAACGAUCUGCCCGUAGGCAAAACUGUUCUGCCAAGAGCUCCAGUGGAACGGAUAUAGGAAGGGGAGGCCAACCGUGGAAGAGGAAUCAUCACGCCAAGCUCCAGAGCUCCAGAGAAGAAGAGGCGGUCUCCAGGAAAAGUGGAUUCCUGGAAUUAGAGCGAGGAGGAAAAGAACUAGAACGAUCUUCCGAACCGAGACAGAACAUCACUAGAAGCUCAAAGUACCGGUUGGUCGUUGGAGAUCCUCUGUCGUCCUGGCAAAGGGCCAGAAGAACCACGUCAAAAAAUAGAGUCCCGCCAAGGAGAGCAGAGGUCAGCCACCCUGAGAAGACCUCAUCGGACCACCCAGGAGGAGAGCCCCUUGGAGGAUGCUGCAGAAAUCACUUGCUACCUCUUGAUGGAGAAGAUCAAGGGUUCCUCCUGCCUCGCUGUCUCUAUCCUCCGAAAGCCGAACUCCUUGGCGGAAAGGCGAGUCUGUCUCCGUCUGGACUGGGAACGGAUCCCGGAAUCGUUCAUGGUCCAAGAGAUGCUCAGAAGACUCCAGGGCUGGCCAGAAGACUCAGGGAGGCCUGGGUUGUUGCUUCGAGCCCUGAAGUCCAUGGUGAAAUUCCAGAGAGGAGAGAAACUGUUGGCCACAAUGUGAAGAUGAAGUCCUUGCUGCCACCAAGUGAUCCAUGGAGGUCCUCGAGCUCCAGCAUCUCCGAUGCAGAUGAAGAGGGGUUUGCACAGCUGACCGGCCAAAGCAGGAGGACUUCUGGCAACUUCAGGAGGUGGGCUCCCAACUGGAAGGAAGCCACAGCAGGAAACUACAAGCUAAACCAGCACAUGGCUCUGGAGCUGGAAAAUUUUCAGGAAGCCCUACAGGAGCGCCAGGAGCUGGCAAGGAGACUGGAGUUGCAAAUGGAGGAACAUCAGGAUAAAGUGGAGAAGGCCAGGGCUGAUUUGAUACUGCUGGAAUAUAAGCGGGAGAUCUGCCUGAAGGAAGUCGUGGAACUGGAGCAAGAGCUCAGCAUCCUCAGGCGGCAGGGCAGGCAGUACGGGGCCCUGCAGGUGGAGGUGUCUCGUCUGGUCAGUGAGCGAGAAGAGCUGAGGGACCAAACGCGCUGCUUAGAAGACCAGCUGUCUUCUCUGAAGCUCCAGCUGAAGAGUUCUAGAGCCAGGUUGUCCUCCGUGGAGGAAAUGGCCAGUGAGAAGACCGAGCAGUUUCAGAAGGCUCUGCUGUCCAGAAAGGAUCUGGAAAUUGCCAGGAUGCACGAGACCCUCGUAGGCUUGGAGGCGGAAAAGGAAGCGCUGGACGGCAUUGUCAGGCACCUAAAAGAAGAAAAACAGCAUCAGCUGAAGCAGCUUCAACAGGAGGCAUCUCUGGAAAAGGAGAAAGAGCUCUGCCAACUAAGAGAAGAGAUGGAGCUGCAGCAGAAGCAAGCUUUAGAAGAGUGUGCUGAGACCUCAGAAGUGGCUAAGGCCAGCGCUCUUAGGGAACAAGCUGCCACCUUCCAGAAGGAAAUUGAAAGUCUACAAAAGAUCCUAAAGGAGCGAGAGGCAGAAGCCAUCCAGCAGCAGGAAGCCAUGAAGAAGCAGGCAGUGGCCCUGAAGGUAGAAGCCAAGGAGAUGGUGCAGAACACGCUGCUCCAGGAGCAGAAGAAAUGGGAAACCAACGCCCAGGCAGCCCUACAGAUGCAGCGGGAAGUCCUGGGAGAACAGGACCGGAGGAGGCGGGCGGAUCUCCAGAGAGCCCUGGAGAAAGAAAGGAAACUCAACGGUGCUUUGCGGAAUGAAACGGCUGACCUCCGUCAGAAGAUCGAAGGCUUGGAGAACCAGACCCGUUUGUUGGAACAGGAGAAACAAGCCAGCUUGGAAGGACUCCAAGUUGGGCUACAGAAGGAAAAGGACGAAGCUCUCCAGAGGCUGCGAGAGGAGCUGGAGCAGGAAAGGAUGCAAGAAAGAGAAGAAAUGAAAAUGAAGCUACAACAGAUGGAAGAAGGUGAAAAACACCUACAAGCAGAAUGCAGCCGGAUGUCCCUCCGGGAGCAGGAAGCUCAGGCCCAGGCUGACCGAAUGGAUCUUUUUUGGGCCACUCAGAUCACCUUAGCAUGUCAGCAGCUGCAGGAGCUCCUUCCUGAGAAGGAAACCCUGCUACCUCACCUGUUGUGCAGGGGUGCCCUUCCUCUCUCCUCUGUCGCCGCCCUCCAGGCCCUGCGAGAGAUGACGGAAGAAAUUCAGAGUUACAUCCAGGACCUCAACCGUGAGCUUGAGAGUCAAAGGCAACGUAUUUUCCAGAUCCAGAGAGAGAAGGAGGUGGAGUUGAGGCAGCAGAAAGAACAGCUUCACCUGGAGAGCCAAUCCAUUCUGGAAGCCCUGAAAGAGCAACUGGUUCAGGAACACAUGACCGACAUCCUUGCCCUGCAGCGCAGCUGGUUGAAGGAAGGACAGGAGAAAGACAAGCCCAGGUGGGGCCCAUCACCCGAAGAGAGAGUUGGUGAGUUGCGUGCAGCCCAGAAGAAGGUGACUUGUGGGGAGGCAGAUCACACGCCCGUCAACCAACCGAAGGAGGAACUGGAUCUGGAACCAGAAGGACGUUUAACCAGCAGUUCCUGCAAGAAUCUGGCAACUCCUGGGUCAGAAGGAAGACACUUCUCUACGAAAUGGAGCCAAUGCCACCCAUCGGGCAUGCUCUGCUCCCCCUCUCUGGGCACCAGACGGAGCCUCCUGCCCAACCCAGGUUUGCGCCAUCAUUUGCAGAACCGGAUUCGGAAGCUGCGGGCAGAGAAUGGCGGUUAUUGGGGGGCGCAGUCUGGACACCCCAGGGAACUCCCGCAAAGUCUGGUCAAUUAAAUUAAAAAAAAGGAAAGUGCUUCAGUAUCGGACAAAACCCCUACCGCCCAGCAUGAAAGCUGGAACGCCCACUAAUGGGCGGUAGGGACCAGGUUGACGACCACUGCAGUAGUUGACGGACCCACACCACAAGACCCUCAACUGACACACCCACACCUGACACUUCCGGUUAUCAUUUGCCAUGCUGAUGCGGGGCAGUUCAGUGAAGCGCUGCCUAAUCCCUAGGAUACUUCAUCAAAUGUACUCAUUGUACACAACAAUGUGGAGUGACAACUAUCAGUUCUUUAGCUGGUUGGUGUUGGCCUUCCUAUGCAUCAAAUUCCUUCCAAGAACCUAAUGUGAUAUA